AUGGGUGUCACCUCGCGCUUCCGCGACAACAUCCGCCCACCCCUCCCCGCCCCCACCGAGAGCAACGACGAAGGCGACAACACCACCUCCGGCCUCGAGACCGAUGUAGCGACCAACCUCACCGCCGCCACGGACAAGACGAGCUACGAAGUGCCCGAGAACGGCCAGCCGAUUAAGAUUCACACGGAGAGAGGGAAGGAGUUCAAGCACGGGCGCGAGCAGAGCCAGACGAGUUUGUUGAUUGAGUAUUUUGAGGGCAGCAAGACGAAGGGCGAUAAGACGAGGUCCAAGCCAAGUGUGAGGGUCAAGGUCACGCCGAGCGCGAGGAAGAAGAGUGGAAGUGGAGGGCCGGAUGCGAUUCAGAUUACUGGCAUUGGGAAGGAUCGCAAGACUUCGUACACGCGGCGGAUAAAUUUUGACAGCGGGCGCAGCGCGGAAGUGGGACUGCCGGGGCUGCCGAGUGCGACGGACGUGAGCCAGAGUACCGACAGCAACGUUUCUGCGCGCCCGCCGAUUGAGGUCGAGGUAUUGGAUCAUAACAACAGUGAUCUUUCGACGCAAUCGCGGGGACUGAUGUACGGGCCGCAAGACUCGAACGUGUCGUCCAUGCCGCCGGACAGCAUGUUGGAAGGCAGCAACGUCACGGAGAGCGAGCGCGGGGACGACGAUGUGACGGUGAAGGAAGGGGUGUAUCUGAACGCGCCCCAAGGGUCGCGAGAUCGCAACGCGAGUCACGAGCGCCUGACGCAGAAGGUCAUGGAGAAGUUGAGCCAGACGCAGACGUCUAUGCCAAAGAAAGGGAGUCGGUCGAAGAGCGAUCGGAAUUUGAGCGAGUAUGCUUCGAAGAGCCGGCAAUUCGACAGCGACACCGUUAGUGGAGUGGAGAGCAGCGUUCUGUCUUCGAAUACCGGCCAUUCCUACCGCUCUGGCUCCGACGUCUCGAAUAACCCCAAGCUUCUCGGAAUGGUCGAGGAUACGAUCCGCCGCAUCAUCUUGCCCGAAAUCAACGCUAUCAAGGAGGACCAGCGCACCGAUCGGAACGUUCGCUCCUUCGAGAACAGAUCUAGCAGCAGACAGGGCUCUAUUCUGGAGGAAAUGUACACGCGCAACGGCCUCAGUCGGAAUUUGAGCAAGUCUUCCAGCUCGCCGAAUAUUUCGAGCAAGCCGAAGGUUGUGCUGAAUCGCGACGGCGAGGAUCCGGGUGUGGUGCUUUCGAGGGGUGAUUCGGAGAGGAAGAAGUCGUCUCGGAAGUCGAGCAAGGGGAGUUAUACUGAGGAGAGGAGGUAUACUGAAGAGCGGCCUUCGAGUCGGCGGUCUUCUGGCGGCAGGUCUUCUCGUGGUUAUGAUGAUGGCGAUACGAUUAAGGCAAAGUCGAGCAAGAGCAGCAGCAGCAAGCUCCGCGAUGCUGCCGCGACUGGCGUUGUGGGUGGGCUGCUCACGGGCGCCGCGCUGAAGAGUCUGGAGUCUAGUCGCGACUCUCCGGACCAGCGCAAGCGGCGGAGCAAGUCCAAGAGCAGUCGGCGCAGCAGCGGCUCGAGGGCGGUGGAAGAGGAGAGUUACCUCAGCGAAGACGUCCCGCCGAUGCCGAUGGCGAGCCAUAUCAAUGACUCGGAGGUUACGAGGUCGAGUCUAGUGUCUGAUGCUACUGCGACGCCGCAUGCGGAGACGCAUACGCCUGUGCAUGAAGUCUCGCGCGGGUCGUUGCGGGAGAACGUCUCGGUCGGCACACCACCACGCACACCCGGAUCGAGGGGUCUGAGCGCAAGUCGUACAACCACACGAUCUUACGACAGUCCGAAGAGCCCGUCUGGAAUGUCGACCAAAGAACGUAUCGCUGCUCUGGGUGCAGCUGGCGUCGGUGGUGCGGCUGCCGCGAAAGGGUCAGAGGAGGUGUACGAUCGCCAUGUCGACAAUGAUGGAUACGGCGACGGCAGCGCCUCGCCAAUCACGUACCGAAAAACUUCGAGCCCGAUGCAGAGUGUUUCCAGCUUGAAGCAGAGUUUCGAAGAAGAGUCGCUGAAGCCGCAGGAGCUUCGUCUGAGGAGUGCGGCGUCAAGGUCUUCUGCUGGGAGGACGGCCUCGAGGAGUAGUCUGCGCUCUGGUGCGACGUCCCCGAGCUCGAAGCAGAGCACGAAGCUUGCGGGCUCGAGACAGCAGUCUUCGCGCAGUAUUGGCGAGGGUUAUGCUACGGAGUACGCCACGCCUGCGGAGGAGUUUGGACGGGGGAGCACGCCGGGCACGCCGACUUAUGGGGAGAGUGUGGAUGAUUGGUAUGAGCGGCAGCAUCAGCUGAAUGAUGAGUACCGGCAUUCUCUGGACGCUGAAGAGCAUCAGAGAGACGAGUACCGGCAUUCGCUGGAUGUUGAGGACCCUUCGUUCGCCAGGUCUUCAAAUCGCGACUCCUACCAAACGAACCCGUACCCACAGGACGAGAAGCGAUUCACCUUCUACUCCGAAGACGGCCAGGAAGGCGACCGCUCGCUCGACGAUCUGCAGGAAGAGCAAGACCUCCGCGGCGUCGGAGCAGGCAAUCCUCAAUACGUCCACACACCCGUCGGCGUGGAAUCAGCAGUCGCCUCGCUCGUCAUGGAGCCCUCGACCCUCAGCAGCGGCCAGAGCCGCCUCUCCACCCAAAGCAAAGGCAGCCCCGUCAAACAACAACAGCAGACCAACAACUCCUUCUCCGCCCGCCUGCGCGAGCUGGGCAAGGACAGCCCGCCGCUGUACCAAGGCUCGACGCUCAGCCAGAGCAUGCCGAGUCAAGACCGCUGGCAGGCGAUCAAGGGCCGCGCGAGGGACAUGUCUUCGUCGCGGGAAGCUCUCUCCCCGCAGCCUCUAAAGAGUGUCCGCGAAGAGCGUUCGAUGGAGCAGCAGCCGAUUAUGAGCUCGAGUGGCUUACCGUUGGCCGAGGAUCCGAUGCCGGAGAUUGGGCAUUUCGACGACUCGAAGAGUGAAGUCAGCACGAACGCUUCGAUUGUGCGGGAGACGCUGGGUGGGGAUGCGACGGGGAAGAGCAGUUGGCCGUAUCCUUCUCCUGACCCUGCUAUGCAGGAGCAGAGGGGUUUGCGGGGGAGCGAGAGUCGGAGUUUGAAGAGCGGGGCGAGUUAUGGGAAGGGCGCGAUGGCUGCUGCUGCUGCUGGUGGGGCGGCGGCGCUUGCGGGGGCGCAUGCGAUGAGGCAGGCGAGUGUGGAGGAUGAGGAGGAGGACAGGCUGACGCCUGAUGUUGGGCGGAGUGGGCGGUAUAUUGAUCGCGAAGCUACUCCAACCAGUCCAGCGGCUUUCAGAGAUGAGGGAUAUGCUACUGAUGCGCAGGCGCGAUCGGCUGGUGCUCUCACGCCUGAGGCUCACCAGAGAGCUUACAGCAAGCGGGAAGUGGACGAGUACAACCGCGCCAUGGCCAAUUAUGAUGGCGGGCUUGGAGGUGGGAAAGAAGACCCCUUUGUCGGCGCCAGCGGAGAGCACUCCCGCAACGUCAGCGGCAACUCCCACGGUGUCUCGGAGCAGCAUUUCGACUCCUCUACUGGCCAGAACAUCAAAGGCAUCGAGUCCAAGGACAUUGUCGCCUUGAUGGACCACCUCACCGUCCGCGACGCCCAGCGCAACGCCAGAGAUACCGAGAUCCUAGUCACGCUUGUUCGGAGUGCGGCCGAGAUGCGCGAGAACUUCAACGAGAUCAAGAAGUUCAUCGUCGAGCAGGACCGCAUGAUUAUGCAGAAUACCGACCGGAGUGUGGAUCAGACGGUGCAGAAAGCGCUCGGCGGUCCCAGGCCGUUGCCCAGCAGUGAGUCGCCGCGCACGCCGCGCCAGCAGUCCCAGGAGGAUGUGCAGAUGAAGCGGAAAGGCGUCUUGCGACGCGCGCUCAAGGGGUUGACGGGGAGUAAGAGCGCCAGUGAUCUGGCCAAGGUGGAGGGCAUGUUGAUGCAGAUUCUGGACAAUGUCGAGGACCUCAAGCAUCAAGGCGGUGGUUUGGGGAGUGGGCAGCGCGAUACUGUUGGGUCCACGUACACGAACGAUAGUCUGGAUACUUACGAGCGGCUGCGCAACGCGCCGGAUCCCGGGUAUGAGCCGGAAGGACAGGCGGGGACGAGCAGUACGAAUGCGAGUCAUUCCGGCGGUCUGUCGCUGACGCCUAGAGGGGAGAAGUCGCAGUACCAUUCCGGCUACGACGGACGUCGCGGCUCGGUGAAUCGUGUGAGCACGGUCGUGGAGGGCGACGAAGACGAAGAACUCGAACCGCACGAGAGCCAUGUGCUGGACCACCAGUUCGAGCAGAACGACCGUUUCUCCACCCCCACGCAAGAGACUGUGCGAUCGAGGGGCUCGCUGGAGGCGGCUUCACCACACAACGGCGUGCCGUAUGGUGGUUUACAGGCGGACGAGAUUACGCCCCGCUCGACGGACAAGCAGCGCAAGCACAAGAGCAGCGGGUCCAGCCAGUUCGGCGGCGGCGUGCCGAAGGUUUCGCGCUGGAGCAAGACGACGAGUUCGUCGGCCGCGCCGGAUGUGGAGAUGUUGGAUAGUCCGAAUUUGCGGCAGCAGAGGCCGGUUUCGGAGGCUUCGACACGGUCGUCGACGGGGGAGUAUGGGGAUGAGCGGUAUGAGGAUGACCGGACGCGUUCGACGCAGAGUUUGCGGAGUGAGCGGGAGAGAGGGAUGGGUAUGGAGGAGACGAGGAGCGUGCGCAGCCAAGCGAGCAAGAUCUCACGCACGCCUUCGCCGCUCAUUCCCUCCGAAGCGAGUAUGCACCGCUACGAUGACGAGGACGAGUCCUCCCCAAUACAAGAAGAUCUCGACCACGAGCUCGACGACCCCAAGUACCAGGCCCACCGCAACUCGCUCCUGCUGCAGCACCCGCAGCCAAGACAAGGCCCGACCGCGAGGCAUCAGAACACCCUCGAGACGCACGCGAACGACUACGCUUUUGACGCGGCCACCAGCUCGGAUGUUUCGCAGCGCAGCGUCUCGGACUUUGACCCCGCGACGUGGGGCAGUAGCGGGACGGCGGGGCUGGCGAAGCAUCGCUUGACUCAGCAGAGUGACAACGGGCCGAUUAGUCCGGAGAGUAUGGGGAGUAGUGCGGCGUAUGGUGGGCGGUAUCGCGACAGCGACUCGUUGAUCCCGCAGAAGCCGGCGUCUCAGCAGCAGGGCAGGCAGAGCUACGCGCGGAGUCCGGAGCCCCAGCAGGAGGAAGAGGAGUACGAGUACGAGGAGCCGACGUACAGUAACUCUGGUUUCUCCCGCGGAGCACCUGCCGGGAGCGGCGGUGGAUACUACGCCAGUCCGUUUGGGUCGGGGCAUUUGCUUGAGCCUAUUGAAGAGGUCGAAAGCAUAGCCUCCUUCGAGCGCCAGUCCCCCGAGCCCACGGUGGCUUCGGCACAGGCUGUCGAUAUGCGGAAUCCCGCGCGCAAGAUUACCGGGCCGAGGCCUAUGGGCGGGGCGAAGUUGGUCGAGACGGGUGGGGGUGGGGGUGGGGGGAGUGGGACGGUGAGGAGGAAGCCGGUUAGGGGGGAGGGGUAUUAG